GGUGGGAGCUGCUAUUACUGUGUUUCCAUGAUCAUAUAUGCACACACAAAUGUCUUCCACAACAUGGGAGCAUAAUAAAAUACAGUCACUAAUGGAAGGCUGUGUCGUAAAUGCUGCUAUUGAAGGAUUAGGUAGUAAAACUGAGAGAGAAACCAGUGUUUUGCUCGGUAAGAGGGAGGGUUGGAGCCGAUGAAUAACUGGUGUUCCUGUUACACAGCUGUACUCACGCUCAUUCAUAAAGCAGGGGUCACCUGCUCCGUCACAGAGGACAGGAGUGUGACUGACCAUAUCUUCACGGAAGAGAAGCAGCUAGAAUGGCUUCCUCGGGUAACAUGUUACCAGAAAAACAGUUCCAGUGUACAAUCUGUCAGCAAGUGUUCACCGACCCCGUCACCACUCCCUGCGGACACAACUUCUGCCAGGCCUGCAUCGAGAAUGUGUGGGACAGCAGUGAGGUCUGCAAGUGCCCCACCUGUAGCAAAUCCUUCACCUCCCGGCCUGAAACAAGCAUCAACACAGCCUUCAAAGAACUGGCGGACACAUUGAGAAAUAUCAUAGUGUGUAAGUCCGCUUCCCCGCUGUGCGCCGCCAAACCAGGGGAGGUGGCGUGUGAUGUCUGCGCGGCCACCUCCAUGCAGGUGAAGGCGCUGAAGUCCUGCCUGGUGUGUCUGACGUCGUACUGUGAGUCCCACCUGGAGCCCCACCAGAGAGUCGCCACCUUGAAGAUCCACAAGCUGAUCGAUCCGGUGAAGAACCUGCAGGAGAGGAUGUGCAAGAAGCACGAGAGGCUGCUGGAGAUGUUCUGCAGGGACGAACAGAAGUGUGUGUGCCAGUUCUGCACCGAGACCGAGCACAAAGAUCACCAGGCCGUCACGAUAGAGGACGAGAGUGGGGAGAGGAAGGUCAAAAUAAAGAAUACUGAAGCAGAUUUCCAGCAGCUGAUCCAGGAGCGCAUGAAGAAAGUGGAGGAGAUCAAAAACUGUUUGAAGCUCAGCAACACGAGUGCAGAGAAGGAGUUGAAGGAGAGCGACCGUCUCUUCACUUCUCUGAUUCGCUCCGUCCACGAGAGACACACUGAAGUCAACACGGAGAUCACGGAGAAGCAGAAAGCUGCGGAGAGGAGAGCAGAAGAGCUGGUUGGUGAGCUGAAACAGGAAAUCACUGAACUGCAGAGGAGAAACUCUGAGCUGGAGGAGCUGAGGGACUCUGAGGACCAUCUGCAUGUUUUACAGAAGUCACCCUCUCUUAUGUCGUCCCCACCCACCAAAGUGUGGACAGAGAUCGGCGUUCACCCUGAGCUCUGUGUGGGGACGGUGAGGGGAGCCCUGUCCAAACUGGACAACACUCUGAGUAAAGAACUGGAUGGUCUGAAGAAAGAAGAGAUGAAGAAGAUGCACAGAUAUGCAGUCGACGUGGUUUUAGACCCAGAAACCGCCCAUCCAAACAUCGUCCUGUCCGCUGACGGGAAGCAGGCGGGCCGAGGCGAGCUUUUGCACAUCGUGCCCGACAACCCCCAACGCUUCGACCCCGUCAUCUGCAUUGUGAGCAAGAGAGGUUACUUGUCCGGGAGGUUCUACUUUGAGGUUGCGGUUGGGGCCAAGACCUUCUGGGACCUUGGCGUGGUCAAGGAGUCCAUCAACAGGAAGGGGAUGAUCACCUCCAAACCGGAGAACGGCUAUUGGACAGUGCGUCUUAGGAACGGGGAGGAGUACCGCGCUUUGGACUCUCCCUCGGUCCUUCUGUCCCUGAAGAAGAAGCCGCAGACGGUGGGAGUGUUCGUGGAUUAUGAAGAGGGAACCGUGUCGUUCUUCGACGUGGAGGCCGGGGCUCACAUCUACAGCUUCACUGGGUGUAUGUUCUCCGAGAGGAUCUUCCCCUUCUUCAGCCCGGGUGUUUUUGAUGAUGGGAAGAAUGCAGCACCAUUGGUUAUCAAAGCUGUCAAUCAUGAGACUUGAGGUUGAGCCUAUCACUGCUUCCAGCUGAACAUUUAGUCUAGUUUGGUUGGUAUCUAGGUUUUUACUGUACAUAUUACCAACAGUUUCAAAGAUCAUAAUGACCCCACAACCUCAAUACAAGCCAUUUUGAACCUUUAAGGCCUAAUGGGAAUUGUUUAACUGUUGCUUUCGACCUAUAGACGAGAGAAGAUUGAUCUCAAAUGAAGGAACAAUAAUUCCAAUCCCGGACAAUUUUACGCCAUGAUGUCGAAUGCCAAACCUAAACUAAUCAUCAAACUUGUGCUUGAAUAUACCUGAUAUGUCUGGUGGUGUGGUGCCAUGCAUUGUUGUCAUUGACAUUACAAAGACUUUUGGGAUGCUGAUUACAGUUUAAGAUAAAAAAAGAACGACCAUAUGAUUGAGAGCAAUGCUACGGCUAGCAUGUUUGGCUAGCAUAUUUGUUUGUGUCUUGUUUUUGUUGUGUGUUCCACCUGGUGAUUCGUUUUUGAAAUAAAAAAAACGAGUUUAAA